CCUUUAAUUGCAACAUACUUCCUCCUCCUGUAAACCAAUUUGUGUGCGUGUACAUGUGGAGGUGCAUGAGUGUGUGUGUGUCUGUGCAAGCUGUGCAAUGCACGGUAAAAAUCCCCCUAACGCCACUAUAAGAGGAGACAGCAUGGAGACACAGAGGCACAUCACUACCAGGACUCUUCCUCUGAGUAAUACACACAGCUCUUCCACCCGACAACCACAACGAUGCUGAUGAUGAAGAUGCUGCUUGGCUGCUCUCUCUGCCUGCUCCUCCUGAUAAGCUGUCUGAGUGAACAUGUGGAGAGCCGAACCCUGAACUUGGACAGCUGCUCUGUCAAUGUUCACACACAUGAACUGCGCAAAUAUUACACUGACAUACGAUCAAAUGUGAUAGAAGGAGACAGUGAGAUCGGAGUGAAACUUCUGGACAAAUCACUGAUGAAGCAUGUUCAGGACGGUCAAAAGUGCUGUUUCCUGCGUCUUGUGCUGCGUUUCUACGUUGAGAGAGUGUUCGGCAACUACGCCUCUUCUCAGCCACAGCAGCAACGCUGCUCCAGCGCUCUGGCCAACGCUUUUGUCAGCCUCAGAAGAGAUAUACAUACAUGUCAUUGCCACUGUGGAGAGGGCACACAGAGAACAGUUGACUCCCUGCAUGCUGAGUUUAUCAAGUUAGAAACAAACCAGGCGGCACAGAAGGCCAUGGGAGAACUGGACACUGUGCUGGAGUGGCUGGAGGAACUCGGCCAGAAAACACACACUUGAUCAGUCAGAAACUCAGCAAAAUCAACUCUGCAAUCCCAAAGUGCCUGCAGUCUCCAAGCUAACAUCAAAUAUGUAACUUCUGACUUGACAUUACUUGUAAGCAGAAGCUAAUGUACAUUUCUCUAUUUUGUACUUGAAUUAAUUUAAUAAUUAUUUCAUCCACUAA